AAGAGAAUGCCUGAAUGUGCAGCGGUUACAUUGUUACAAUUCAGCAGAGGAAGGCACGGACUCGGGGUACAGCUGUGCGCGCGCACAUGCACAACGGCUACAGGCUCCUCGCUUGCUGUUUAAUUAAAAUCAUUAAUUGAGGCACCAAGGCUCGGAAGCGCGAGCUUUGUUAGUUAUUCACUGGAGUGGACGAGGAAGCAAUAUUUGGUUGCAAUUUUCCUUUCUCUGUCCGAAAUCCCAGAGACGCAAGUGAGGAAUGGCUUGUUGGAGCUGGCAGCAGCACUUUGGAUGCUGAGGACUCCGAUUGCAGAACGAUCGGGAGGGAUCGAGCAGCCCACGGCAGUCCAGACACAAGGCGGUCAGCUCUUAGCUCACGGAGCACGACUGCAUGACUUCGGAGAAAGCUCCCGGUAACACCACCCGCAUCGCCUAGGAUUAUACUUUCCUCAUUUUCAAAACUUGGGAAGGCUCGGAGCUGGGCUCAUGGAUAUUAACCUCUGAGGGGCCCGAGCUAAUCGGAACCCCAGCGGGGCUUGGGGGUUGGGACGCCGUUAUUUGGGAAUUAUCGGACAUAACUACGCAUUUCCCCUGAUCACUGAGCUUGUUAAGAGGGGGUCAGCAUCCGUCUGGAUCUAGCCACACGAGGAUUUGCAGUAGACUUGUUGCUGCGCAAGCUUUAACUUGAAAUAUAUAUAUAUAUAUAUAUAUUAGAUUUCUUGCUAAAUAAGUACUUUGUGGGUUGGAAAAUGGCUUCAGAGCUGCGGUCAAGUUUGUUGCCAUGUUGGAGCAGUUUGUGGAUCGUGUGUGCUAUUGUGAUGCCAGCGUUCCAUAGUCAGAUGGUACAAGUUGAUGAAAAAGUCCAAGGGUUUAUUGGUGACAAUGUCGUUCUUCGAUGCACUUUCACAAGCAGCAACCCCAAUGUCAGAAUUACCCAAGUCACGUGGCAGAAGGCCACUAAUGGAACAAAACAAAACGUAGCAAUCUACAAUCCCAAUAUGGGCGUCUCCAUCCUGCAGCCUUACAGUAACAGGACCAUUUUUCAGAAUCCAUCGCUCGAUGAUGCAACGUUACAAUUGUCUCAUCUGGAACUUGAGGAUGAAGGUGUUUAUAUUUGUGAGUUUGCAACCUUCCCAACUGGAAAUCGAGAGAGCCAGCUGAACCUAACUGUCUUGGUGAAACCUAUGAAUAGGAUGGAACUUGCUGCUAAUGUCAUCACUGCUGUGACUGGAAAGACUGAGAAGAUCCCUAUAGCAACAUGUACAUCUGCUAAUGGCAAACCACCUGGUGUCAUCAGCUGGGAAACCAGACUGAAUGGAGAAACCACAAUCAAAGAGAUUCGAAACAAAAAUGGGACUUACACUGUUACAAGCACCUUUAUGGUGACACCGAGUCGUGAGACUCAUCGGCAGCAUUUAACAUGUGUGGUCAAUUACCAGAUGGAGCGUUUCACAGAAACUACAAUGCUGAAUGUGCUGUAUGAGCCGGAGGUAACCGUGGAGGGGUUUGAUGGCAACUGGUACUUGAACCGAAUGGAUGUAAAGCUAGUCUGUAAAAGUGAUGCAAAUCCAGCUGUAACAUCAUACCAUUGGACUGUACUGAAUGGCACACGUCCAAGAAACAUGGAAAUCCAGAACAACACACUUUUCUUCAAAGGACCAGUGACUUACGAUCUGGCAGGAACAUACGUCUGUGAAGCAACAAACCCUAUAGGCACAAGACCUGGCCUAGUGGUGGUUAAUGUCACAGAAUCCCCUGCCACCCGUCAAAAUCCUAAUGGUGCCAUUCAUGGAGAUGAAGACGAAAAACGUUUCAGCGCCAUCAUUGGAGCCGUUGUUGGUGGAGUUCUCCUCAUCGCCAUAACUGCAGUGAUUAUCUUUUUAGUGGUCCGGCGUAAUCAGCGUACCUUCAAGGGGAACUACAGCACCAAGAAACACGCAUUUGGUAAUGGUUACAGCAAAGCAGGGCUUCCGCCAAAUCCACCCAUUACCCAGAACCUGCAGUACCCAGAGGACUCAGAUGAUGAAAAGAAGCCACACCCUCUUAACAUUAGUUAUGAUGAUGACAGUAAGAUGAGCCAUGGGUUUGAAGUGGAAUCCAAGACACCUUACUACACUGUUGAUGAAGGCGAGUCACGUGACUAUGACCAUCGGACACUCUCAUUUCAGUAUGACCCGGAAGGGCCUGAUAUGACAGAUGACAUGGUACCACAAAAUGAUGGCUCAAUUGUUUCAAAGAAAGAGUGGUAUGUGUAGUUAUGGUAUGUGGCUUCUUAUGGUGUAGCAAACAUUAAAGUACACAUGUGCACACACAAACACAGAUACUAAAGCUGAAGCCAGACUCAAGAAUGCAAAGUUUUAAAAUGAACUGUACAGAGAAAUACCAGAGGCCAAUAGCCUAACUUCUGUUUUUGCUUUGUUCUUUUUUAUUUUUCUUUUUUUGUUGUUUUUUUUUUUUUUUUUGCUUUUUUUAAUUGUAUUGUUUUUGACUUUUGUAAACAGUAUAAACUGUGUCAUAUGUACAUUGGAUUCAGUGUUACCACUUUAAGGCAAAGCAAAAUGUCAAAAUGUCUUGUCUGAUAACCAUGCUUAGAAUACAUGAAACCAAAAUGACAGCUGCUUUAGUUGAACAGAUCUAUUAAAUGCUGGUGACUGUUUGUGUGGUUCUAUAUUUCAUCAAAACAGAUUCUUAGUCUUUUUGAGUGCAUGCCUGAAAAUGAUCCCCAGUAGUUAAUAAAUCUGUUUCGGUGGAGUAUCUCUCUUUUGGUUUACUUAUUUUACUGUUUUGGACAGCACAAUAGGCUUGAUGUAUUUAUAGGCCAUUAUUUUAGAAUAUGCCACCAGAGCAGGUCUAAAACACUGGAUGCCCAAGGGGCUGUUGUAUGUGUACAUAACAAAACCUGUGUUUUUUUUAAUGUAUAAGCACUAUAUAGAAAAUAAUGAAUUAGAAUUUUAAAAAGAUUCUUAGAUUGCAUAUGUAAAGGGGAGAGGAAAAGCCUAGGGAGCUUGCUUCCUGGUACAGUCUCACAUAUUUUUUCUUAGUUUUAUAUUCAAACUCUACUUGAAGAUGUGUUUCAGCUUUUUUUUUCUUUUUUGUUUGUAAUUCAUUAUGCAAAAAAAUUAAUUAAAGUACAGAACUAACCAGAGUUCAUUUAUGGAAGCCUUGAUGGGGGGAAGUGAUAAAAUCUAACUGAUGUACUAGCACUUCAAGGAGAUUCUGGCUGCUUAAAUUAUUAAAAGGAAAAAAAAAAAAAAACAAAGACUGUCAAAAGAGGUGUAAGCUAUCCAAGCUUAAAAGUUAACCUUUUUCUUCUUUCUACACCAUUCUAUUAAUUGGACAGACAUUAAAGUCUUUCUUCUGGCAAACAAAGCAUAAAAAAGAAAAGGAGAGAUGCUCCACAAUGAGAGAAUGUGUCUUAUGAAAGUGCAUGAAUCAUUUUACACAGUGGGGGCUAAUUAUAUAGAAUGAUUCUGCUAAUUAACAUCCGAUACAUGUGAUUAUGUUGAGGUACGAGUUUAGAGAUAGGGGUUUGGGUGGGGUGUAAAACUUUGCCAUGGAAAAAAUUACAGAUGGGUCUUGUCAGAAAAAGAUCUAGUGGAAGAAGUAAUUAUUGAUAAAUUUCAAUACCAUGAGAUCUAAAGAGCAAAGCAUUGUCAGAACUACUGGAGUGCUGUUUUGCAUGUAAGGGCCUGGGGCAUUGUCAGUGGUAGUCCAUAACACAUUAGCACAUUUUUUCACACCACAGUUUACUGAAACAAGGAAGUGGGAGUUGAUUUGGAAAUUUCUGCUAAUUAUGCAAUGGACAGGUGCUGUCCAGUGUUGUAACACAGAAAUCCAAAUAAAGUCAAGGUCGAGACAUUCAUUAGGAGAUCAGAUAAUCGUGUGGCUUUAGCUUCAUUCUUUGUGUGGGUGGAGAUUCUGCUUCUUUAUUAGAAAGGGGGCAAACAUGGAGACAAUUUUUCCAGUUCCUUUUUUUUUUUUUUUUUUUUUUUUUAU